GUCAGUGAUAUUGGUAAUUAAAUGGUGAAUGAUCAAAAACAAUAAUUUAUUUUAAUUUAUGUGAGAUUCCUUUGUACUCGGUUCUAAAUAUUCCAAUUUUUCAAAUUGCAAUAACUAAAUGAAAUAUAAUGAGUGGUAGUUCAUUCGAUUAUAAUUCUCUGUCAUUUGGACGAAUAUCAUCAAUACCAGACAAAUCAGAUGUUUUGGAAUGUCGUGUUUGUGAAGAUAUAUUCACUCUUCAAGGAGAUAAAGUCCCACGUUUACUGUAUUGUGGACAUACUAUAUGUCAUUCUUGUUUAUUACGCUUAUACCAACGAUGUUCUACUGUCCAGUGUCCGUUCGACAGGCAAGCAACGCCUAUAGGACCAUCAGGAGUUUGGGGCUUAAAAAAGAAUUUUGCAUUAUUAGAAUUACUGGAACGUUUACAACGGAGCAACAAAGCAGAAAUGAAUAUAAAUUCAUAUUUAAAUGCUGAAACAAUGGAAAAAGAAGAACAAUUACACAUAACUUGCGAUGAAAAUGAUAAUCAUAUUGCUGUUCUUUAUUGCACUGUAUGCUGUACAAAUUUAUGUUUCUAUUGUUCUGAACAAACUCACAGCACACGAACGUUAGCCAAGCAUCGCAGAGUUCCUUUAUCAGAAAAACCACAAGAACGACCUCGAUGUCCAUUACAUCCAUCUCAUGUGGCUGAGUUCACUUGCCUGCAAGAUAGUUGCCGCCAGCCAUCACCUCCACUCAUGUGUUUUGUGUGUAAAGACUAUGGAACUCAUAAAAAUCAUAAGCAUGCUUUAGUUGAAAUAGAAGCAGAAAAUAUCAGGUCAAAAGUGAAAAAUGCUGGACCAUUAAUGCGUAAUUUGAUGGAAGAAAUAAAUGAUACUAUUCAAAGAUUAGACCAGGUAAUGUUACGUUUGGAAGGUGCAGAUGCAAAUGGAUUAGUUGAUGAUGAAGUAUCUAAUCCUGGUACAGGCUAUCUGGCCCGUGCUAGAGUUCAGUUGUAUUUUCAACAUCUUCGGGAAACAUUACAAGUUCAAGAAGCUGCUGCCUUAACUGCUGUUGAUACACAUGUAAGAGAAAGAUUAGGUUCACUAAGAAGCUUACAAGAAGAUUUAGCGUCAUCAUUAUCUCAAGUCGCUGUAAUAUGUGUACAAUGUGAACAAGCUGUUCGACAAGAUGAUUCUCGUGUUAUAUCUGCUAGUAUUGAUAUCAAUCAAGCUUUAAAUGUUAUCGAAAAACACAAACAAAUGUUUACUGAACUUGGUCCAGAACAAUUACAACCAGAUGCUAGUAUACCCAUUACUUUUACAAAAGAUAAUAGGGUGCACAUUGGUCCAAAAAUGGAAAUUCGUGUUGUUACUUUAGGAUUAGAUGGAGCAGGGAAAACUAGUGUACUUUUCAAACUAAAACAAAAUGAAUUUAUGACUAUGAUUCCUACUCUUGGGUUUAAUGUUGAAACCGUUGAUUAUAAAAACAUGAAAUUUACCAUAUGGGAUGUUGGUGGUCAACCAAAAUUGAGACCAUUAUGGAAACAUUACUAUCUUAAUACACAGGCAGUUGUAUUUGUGAUCGAUUCCAGUGAUCAACAAAGACUAUUAGAAUCAUCAAAUGAAUUAUCUAAACUAAUGACAGAAAAAGAAUUGAAAGAUGCUGCAUUAUUGAUUUUAGCUAAUAAACAAGAUAUUCAUGGAUGUGUGACUAUUGAAACAAUCACCGAAUUAUUUGGCUUAUAUAAACUAUGUUGUGGGCGCAGUUGGCAUAUACAAGCUUGUGAUGCCCAGAGUGGUGCUGGUCUUCAUGAUGGACUUGAUUGGCUUGCAAGACAACUUGUUGCUUCUGGUGUCCAUGAUCUCAAUUAAUAUUAUGAAAUCUUUGAUUUUCGAAAAUUGAUUAUAUAUUUAAUACUAUUUUUUCUCCAUCGAUUCAAAUAUUUAAAUUUAAAAAUAUGGUUUAUUAAUUGUUGUGUUUGCUUAUACUUAAGAUUAUAUUAUUGUAUUGUGAUAACUUUUUUUUUGUUUUUCAAUUAAUUUAAAAGUAUUAUGC